CGGAAUUAGUCAGUGAUAGAGGGGAGGAGAGGAGGCGAGGCGGCGGGUGUUCUGCCGAGGUGGACGUGGCGGGUCCGGCGGAGUGAGCUACGAGUGACGGGCAGCGGAGCCGAACCGAGGUGGACAGCCAGCCGGCCAUGAAGCGGACCACCCGCAGGCUCGUGAUGGUCAGCCGUACCUGCUGACAUCUGGCUGAUCUUUCACUACGUCAUCGUUUUCCAGAGGACGCUCUCAGGGACUCCCACCCCCCCCCUUCCCCCCCCAGCCCCUCCUCCUGUGAGGAGACGUCACCAGCAGGAGGGGAGUGGAGGAGGAGGAGGACUUUUACCAACCUCAGCAAUACCUCAGGUGUUGAAACGGAGCAGGUGAGGAGGAUUAGCUCCGCCCCCUCACCAUGACAGACUUGGAGAGUGAGUGCCUGAGCCUGGGCCUGCCCCCCGAAUGCGGCUCGCCUCCCCUGCCGCUGGACUCCUCCCUGCAGGUGGACUGCGGCGCCGGGCCCGUCGGCUCAACCCCGACGCCCACUCUGGCCCUCCUCUCCUCCGACUGUCCCACGCCCACGCUCAGUUCACUGGCGGCGGAGAUCGCAGAGCCGCUGGUGAUGCUGCCGUGCGUGAAGAGCGAGCCGGAGGACGGUGACCUGGACCCCAUCAGGACCGUGGACCUGUCAGAGAUCCAGCCGCUGUCCACUGCCGAGCUGGGCCAGGACCAGAUCAAGAUGGAGAUCAGUGGCCUCGACUACAUCAAGUCUGAGCAUCACGGUCACCACGGGAACCACCACCUGGGGCCGUUUCACCACAGCGACGUAACCGAGCUGGACUACAAGUUGCACUACGAGCCGAGCUCAGUGUUCGACUACAUCUCCCAGCGGCUGCACACCGGCGAGCGCCCGUUCAUCUGCACCACCUGCGGCAAGAGCUUCAGCCAGUCCAAGGAGCUGAAGGCGCACCACCUGAGCCACACGGGCGAGCGUCCGUACUGCUGCCAGCACUGCGGCAAGAGCUUCACCAAGGAGACGAGCUACCGCAACCACGUCCAGAUCCACACCGGCGAGAAGCCCUUCACCUGCUCGCAGUGCGGAAAGACUUUCAGCAACUCGGGCGUCUUAAAAACCCACGAGAAGAUCCACACGGGCGAGCGGCCGUUCGGCUGCACGCAGUGCGGGAAGAGCUUCGGCCGUCUCGGCCACCUGAAGGCGCACCAGCAGAUCCACACGGGCGAGCGGCCGUACGCCUGCCCCCAGUGCGGGAAGACUUUCAGCCAGUCGGGCCACCUCAAAGCACACGAGCAGAUCCACAAGCGAGAGCGAGCGGACACGGCGAGCACCAGCAGUGACGGCGGCAGCAGCGCCGUGGGCAGUGACAGUAGCUAACUGCAAACCCUUUAACCUCCGGAAAAACAAAGUAUUAUUCCUUUUUUUUUUUUAUAAAUACGAUAUAUAAAGCUUUUCCUCAUGA